AUGCUGAGUCAGACCUCAACACUGCUAGACAGCAGAGAAGUUCAAGUGCAAGGUAUCCAGAAUGUACUCAGCUUAUUCUGUGCCGUGCUUACAGAAAAUAAGGUUCUCUUUCACUCAGCAAGUUUUCAGAGGCUCAGUGAUGCCUGUAGGGCUCUGGAGUCUUUGAUGUUUCCCCUCAAAUACAGUUAUCCCUAUAUUCCAAUUCUUCCUGCACAGCUAUUGGAGGUUCUCAGCUCACCAACACCUUUUAUAAUUGGCGUACAUUCUGUCUUUCGCAAUGACAUUCAUGAGCUUUUAGAUGUAAUCAUAGCAGACCUGGAUGGAGGCACAAUUAAAAUUCCUGAAUGUAUUCAUCUUUCUCAGCUGCCAGAGCCGCUGCUUCAUCAGACUCAAAUGGCGCUUUCUCUAGUUUUGCAUCCUGAUUUGGAAACAGCAGAUUAUGCAUUCCCUCCCCCACGAACAGCUUUAUCACACUCAAAAAUGCUGGAUAAAGAAGUGCGAGCAAUCUUCCUUAGGCUAUUUGCACAACUUUUCCAAGGAUACCGGUCAUGUCUUCAGCUGAUCAGAAUUCAUGCUGAACCAGUAAUUCAUUUCCAUAAGGCAGCCUUCUUGGGGCAGCGAGGCUUAAUUGAGAAUGACUUUCUAACCAAAGUUCUCAAUGGAAUGGCAUUUGCUGGUUUUGUGUCAGAGAGGGGUCCUCCUUUCAGAGCCUGUGAUCUUUUUGAUGAGUUGGUAGCCUUUGAAGUCGAAAGAAUUAAAGCUGAAGAAGGUAAUCCACCAAAAAUUAUAAAGCAUGUUAGAGAACUUGCAGAACAGCUCUUCAAAAAUGAGAAUCCAAAUCCCCACAUAGCAUUCCAGAAAGUGCCGCGACCCACAGAGGGCUCCCACUUGCGGGUUCACAUCCUCCCUUUCCCCCGGAUCAAUGAGUGCCGGGUGCAGGAGCUCAUCCAGGAAGGCCUCGCAAGGAGUCAGGGUGCCCCUCCUGCCACCCGGGGCGACAAGAAGUGUGUCGUUCCAGCAGGUCCCCCUGUUGGACUCAUGAAGCUGGCAGAGCUUGCAAAACUUUUGAAGGAUGUCAUUAGAAUUCAAAUCAGUAUUGAAAAAUUAGAGAUCUAG